AUGGCAUCCUUCCAUGCUCAGGACCACAAUCUGUCAAGGGACAACGACAUACAGGUCAUCAACAGAGAAGACGAGUACCCGGCUACCGGAGGUGAAGAGUAUCCCCAUCACGAGAAUGUCGUGUCUCCCUCGUUUCCAGCUCUUGACAUCCCUACUCCGAAUGGGGCCCACUCUCAGCUAUUCGAUGAGUUUGAGCUGAACCAACAUAAUCAACCCACCACCAGAGACCAGCCCCAUGGGGACCAGUUUGCUCCUUCAUUGUCGCCAUUGAGCGAGUUUGUAAAUACCCACGGCGACCAUAUUAUCAAUGAUCAGGAUAAUGAUCAGGAGAGGAAUGGUAACGCCGGUGUCUUGACGAGGUUGAACACCAGCAACAACUACUUACCUCCAUUGCCUACACUCUCGGAGCCAGUGCUCCCAUCUGUGCCACAGAACACUGGUCAGCUUCCUACCAACUACUUGCCCAACAACUUUGGUAACACUAAUGCUCCUAAUACUAAUCGGAACCAAUUGAUGAUUACGGGUAAGAAGAAGAAAGAGUCUCAGGGCCCUAAGGCCAGGCCUGCGUUCGUCAUGAAGAUCUGGUCUAUGGUUAACGACCCAGCAAACCAUGACUACAUUAGGUGGAAUGAUGAUGGCUUGACUUUUCAAGUUUUCCACCGUGAAGAGUUCAUGAAGAGCAUUCUCCCGAAGUACUUCAAGCAUAACAAUUUUGCAUCUUUUGUACGUCAGCUUAACAUGUACGGCUGGCAUAAAGUGCAAGACAUCAGCAGCGGAUCGAUGGCCAAGGAGGCAAAGAACGCUGAAGAGGUUUUGCAGUUCAAGAAUCCAUAUUUCAUUCGGGGCAGGGAAGACUUGCUUGACAAUAUUGUCCGUAACAAGUACGGCGGUCAGGAGGAAUCAGCUGAACCUAAUAUCAACCUUCAGGUACUCAUGACUGAACUCGAUCAGAUUAAGAUGAACCAACUAGCCAUUAUUGAGGACAUGAGGCGUAUCAGAAAAGACAAUCAGACUUUGUGGACCGAGAGCUUUGCUACAAGAGAAAGACAUCUGAAACAGUCCCAAACUCUUGAUAAGAUCAUGAAGUUCCUUGCUGCUGUCUAUGGUAACUCAGCCGGAAAGAUAUUUGAAGUGGAGAAUGGCUCUUACGAUUCAAAUUACGGUGUACCUGCUUUGUACCAGGGAAAUCAGUCACCUCGACCAGCUUAUCCACCUGCUGCACCUAUACUGAAGUCAAGAUUAAUGUUAAUGGACCAGGAGCAUCUGAGAACAUCUUCGUCCGAUGCAAGUACGACGGCUGGACCUUCCAAAAGACCAUCGGAGGCUGGAAGUAAAGACGGUUCUAUCGAGGAGAUUGUGAGAAACGAUCACAUCACUCCUCAUGAUCCAUCAGCCAAUGUGAACAGAAUUUAUCAACAAAUUAUGAACCAGGAGCCAGGCCUGAAUUCUCCAAGGCAAUACUUCCCUGAACUACAAAGUCCUAGCGCCGGACCCAGUACCCCUUCUCAGCUGUUUGCUAAGCUAAGCGGUGCUGGUGCUGGUGCUGGUGCGGGUGAACACAAUGGUGACUUGUUGCUGGGGCUCGAGCAAAACAUCUUUAAACAAGGCCAGGCAUUGCUGCAAGUCCAGGACUGGAUCCAGGCUUUGGCAAACAGACAACAGCAACAACAGCAUCAAUUGCAACAGCAAAAGAGUAAUAAUUCACUGCCGGCUCAAACUGAUCUUGACGACUUUGACGUUAACGAGUUUUUGAACAACAGCUCCUCGAAUCCUGUUCCCACAUCACAUGAACAGCAAGAUUCAGGCAUUGAUUUCGAAAACGACUUCAAAUCUGAAACUAAUGAGGACGAUAAAAAGCGUCACAUUGAAGAAGUCGUUGACAAUGAGCCACCAGCCAAACGUGGUCGGACAAGAAAGAGCAGUCGGCGGUAA